UUUAUUAUUUUAUUGUAUUCUAGGCAGGCCUCUAAGGAUUUACGGUAACUCACUUUUCAUGCUCUGUUUCCGUAAUUGGCCGAGGUGUUCCGAAUGUAAUUCACCAAUUGAAAUUCCUCGUAUGUUUUCACGAUGUAUUCCGAUUUAUCUCGCGGGAAGUUUAACGACAUGGCUGCUGUUCCAGGAGGCUUGUAUUUGUCGGAUGAAAACCAACCAAAAGGAAAAUCAUCUAUAAUUUCAAUGGAUCAUGAAUCGAGGAAGACAUUACAGUCAUUGCAGUUAUCGGCUAAAGGAGAAAAACUUGUCGGGAAAGGAAGAGACCAGGUAUAUAAUGGUAAAGGCAAACAAAUCAAGCCUUCAACAAAGCCUGUUAAGGUUUUCUCCGAUUCUGAAGUAAAAUCACGCAAGAUGAGUCCCACCAAGGCCAAACGGUCGAAGUCUGCUGAUUUUUCCACUCUGGAAGAGAGAGCCACACAGACAGACGCGCUGCCUGAAGAUGUGUUUGCUGAAGAUGACCUUGCUGAGGCUGACCGAGAAGCCUUGGAGUUGAUGGGUGGAGAAGAGGCAUCUGAGUCCUACUGGAAGAUACUGGCAGAGGAGCGAAGGAAGGCACUGAAUGAUACACUGGAGGAAAACGAAGAGCUUCAUAAAGAGAUAGAUUGCCUGCGUGAAGAAAAUGUCACACUUACUGAACUGGCUAACAAGGCUAGUUACCUGUCAAGUAUAUUACAGGAGGCUAUCACUAGUGACGAUGACAACUAUGAUGAUGUGCAAAAUGAUGGUGCUGUUGAUGAUGAUAAAACAGAAUCAGUACCACAGAGAAUAUCCAGCUUAGGUGACAGUGUUGCAAACAGUUCACUAAACGCCAGCAAAAUGUUUCUCUCAGACGAUAUUGUAACGAGUUCACCCGUACACGCUGUGUUGCACGCCAUUUCAAAGUCGGACCAGUCAGAAGGUGUAAUCUCGCCACUGUUUCAAGAUGCUGAAGACCAGGUGCCAAGUUCUGUCCUCGGGGACAAUAAAACUGUCGAGGAACCUACUACUGUUAAUGCUGUGAUCCACAGAGACAACAGUGGUGUUGACAGACGGAAAAACAACCGGAACAGUGACGAGUGGGUUAAUGUGGAGUUAAACAAUGACAUGGUCACAUCUGCAGAACUUGUCAUUUCAGAGAAGCUAAUAAUGAAAAAAGAUGAACCGGAAAGUGCAAAGUGACUUCUUUUUUGUACAUAGUUGCCAAUAAAAGUGUUCCUUGGUUAUUAUUGCAGUGUUCGAACUUAAUGACGGCACCAACGGCAAUUACCAUAGUUGCGAUAUAAAUUGCCGUCAGCAUCUUGACCAUUGGCAGUUUUUAUACUCAUGGAUAAAAAUGACUGCCAUCGGUUGAAGGGACCAUUUUGUGGUUUUAUAUUUGUAACAAAAGAUACUGGUUUAAAAUUGCCAUCGAUAUGCUCAAAAUUGCCGUCAGUGAGCAUUUUUCAAGAUUGCCAUAUACAAGAAAUUCUUGAAUUUGAGCCCUGCUGUUGACAAAUUCAUGAUAAAAAAAUAUGUGAAAAUUCCAGAACACAAUGUUUUUGUAUAGAUCUGAAUGUUAACAUAAAAUGAAUAUCCUUAAAGAUCAGGGUGGAUUUUUUCUUUCUGAAAGAACAUUACUUUUAAAAAACAUUGUUGCUUAUAAUAAUAAAAAAAACAAAAACAUGCUAACACUUUAUAAAAAAAAACAAAACAACAACUUUAUAGACAGAAAGACAGAAGUGUAUUCCAUUAUCUUGUUGCCAAAAAAGAAACCCACAGUGUAUGUUUUGCAUCAUAAUGUAUGUAUGUGUACACAGUAAAUAUAUGUUUUUGUACAAUGUCUUUUAUCUUUCACAAACUUGAUACAUUUGGGUUUAAACCACCUCAUUGAUUAUUCUGUCACUCUGAAACAAUUAGAUGUAUUGUAAAUUAUUGGUUAAAUGUUACUGGUGUAUAGCCAAGAUAUGGGGUCAGUGUUUUAUGACUUAAUGGUACACUAAAUAUGUUUUAAACGUUUUUAGUUUUCUAGAUUAGUUUUCAUUCAUAGUCAUUUCAUUCAAUUAGUACAGCGAAGCUACAGUUACGAUUGACAUAAUGUUAUUUAUAUUUGUACAUUUCUAUGAUCAGGUUUAUACAUUUAAUGUCCUAAAUUACAUGUGUACAAUGUCCAAUUCUUACAAAUGUAUAUGAACUGUAAUGGUGAUACUGUAAAACUUUGUAUUCAAUAAAGAAAUUGUUUCAUU